AUGUCAAACCCCAUUACUGUUGUGGCUGUGUGUGACGUUGAUGUGCAAGCUCCGGUGAAGGUUUACUGGCACAAGAAUGAGGAGUGUUUAGUUACUUUAGUAGACAACAUGGUAGCAUUAAACAAAGAAGAAAGCUACGUUUUUCUUAGAGUACCAUGCAGUUGCUUGUGCUUAUUGGCUGAGGUCUCAAUUCCUAUAGACAUGGCUGUUGUACGUGAGCUAGCCAUAUGUUGA